UAUGUUUAAAAGAAAGCACCUUAAUGGUGUCUUGAUCUCAACAUAUGGCACUGUUGGGCUUGGGGAAGCCUUUGUCUCAGGAGAAGGAGUAAUGGGGACCACAUUUAAGGAUAUGUUUGAGGCCUUCUGUGAGGAAUAUGGAAAGAAGAGUGAUGUUGCAAGUGAAGUCAGAGCACCACCACUCAAUGAUGAUCGUUUUGACCACCCUGCUUCUCAGCCAAGAGUGGGCGAAUGUGCACAUGUUGAAGGCACAACCUCCCAUGCACCAUCAACUGCUAACAAUGUUCCUGACUCGCUGGAUCAUCAGGCAAGAGGGAGCACAACUGAGGGAACAACGUCUCAGCCAUUAUCACAUGGUAUGGACACUGUUUAUACAUAUAUGUGUUUCUGCGUAUUUAUAAGCUAUGUAUCAUGCAGUACAAAACCCAACAACUAAUUUGACCUGAUGCCAU